UUUUUACGAGCAUCGCCUCGAAAGGACCUAGAAUUGAGUGUCGAGUGGACCGCAGCGCUUGCUGAUACGAGUCCUGCCGAGUGCCAGUGUCGGAAUGUGAUAUUUAAGCUGUAUUUACAGGGCAGCUUGGAGAAUGGGCGAUUGCGAAGCCCCGACGAGUUUAACGUUAUGGUGCUCUGCCGCCCAUCCGGGACGAGCGCUCCAUCUAGGUGGUAAACCGCUGCUAAGCUUACUGCGUCGAAGUCUGUCAUGUGCAGCACAUGGCUUGCCGUCUAGAGGGGUCACGGGUCGCUUGGUCCAUGCGAUCCCCGCAGCAGGGCUUCAGCCGAAGACACUGAAGUCGAUGGUCACUUCCAUUCGAAGCCUACGAGAAGCGAAGGACGUGUCCCAAAUGUGAGAAACCAUCUAUCUUGAGCCUACAGUAUAUGGUUUUAAUCCCUUGCCAUCCCACGCCCAUUUAUUCAUUGUCAGAGUACGGAGUAUUCCGUACAAAUGUCAUGAUCUCAAUGCUACCACAGUACGG